AUGACGAAGAAGACGGAGAGUGAGAUGCUCCUGAUGAAUCAGACCGACAGCACAUCGACAGCACACCGACAACCGACCGACAGCACAGCGACAGCACACCGACAACAGACCGACAGCACACCGACAACCGACCGACAGCCCACCGAAAGCAGACCAACAACACACCGACAACAGACCGACAACACACCGACAACCGACCGACAGCCUACCGAUAGCAGACCAACAACACACCGACAACAGACCGACAGCACACCGACAACCGACCGACAGCCUACCGAUAGCAGACCAACAACACACCGACAACAGACUGACAGCACACCGACAACCAACCGACAGCCCACCUACAUCAGACCAACAGCACACCGACAACAGACUGACAGCACACCGACAACCGACCGACAGCGCACCGACAGCACACCAACAACAGACCGACAGUACACCGACAACCGACCGACAACUGACAGCACACCGACAACCUACCGACAGCCCACCGACAGCAGACCAACAGCACACCGACAACCGACCGACAGCGCACCGACAGCACACCAACAACAGACUGACAGCACACCGACAACCAACCGACAGCCCACCUACAUCAGACCAACAAUACACCGACAACAGACUGACAGCACACCGACAACCGACCGACAGCGCACCGACAGCACACCAACAACAGACCGACAGCACACCGACAACCGACCGACAGCCCACCGACAGCAGACCAACAACACACUGACAACAGACUGA